AUGGUCUCAGAUAUGGUUAUGGAGAAAAGGGAUAAGCUUAGGAGUAAGAAAUUAGGGCAGUCCGAAGUGAAGCGAUACUGGCCUGGAAAAGCCCCUGAAUGGGCUGCUGAUGAUGAUGAUCAUAACGAUGAGGAUGGAGAUUUUAGAAUUUCAAGGGCUGAUGCGUUCCCUGCUCAGGAACAAUCUUUUCUUGAUCCGGUUAGAAAGAAUGAUGAUCCCAGGCUUCGUCGUUUGGCUGAGAAUAGGAUUGAUAAUCGUGAGGAAAUCAGGGCUGAUCAUAGGCGUAUUCGCCAAGCCGAAAUAAUUUCCAGCCAUGAGUCUUCUAUGGAACAAGAAUCUAUGGAUGUCGAUGAAGAAGAUGAAGAUGCAUUAGAGGAGAGAAGGAGGAGAAUCAGGGAGAAAAUGCUUCGUAGGCAGGCCGAAGAUGCUGCCCUGUUUCCGAUUCAGGAAGAAGAUGACCUGGAACCGGAAAAGGAAGAGGAGUCAUCUGAGUAUGAGACUGAUUCUGAAAACGAUGAACCAGGAUGCAUCGCCAUGAUCAAGCCGGCUUUUGUUCCAAAGCCCGAGCGUGAUACUAUAGCCGAGCGCGAAAGGCUCGAGGAAGAACAAAGGGCCGCUGAGGAGUCCACCAAGAGGAGGUCAGAAGAGAUGAGGGCUGCUGAGACAAAGAAACUUCUUGUUGAGAUGAUUCACGCGGAGGAAAAGCGUGUGAAGGACACGGAUUCUGAGGCUAUUGUUGUCGAGGAUGUGGAUACUGAUGACGAUAUCAAUGGGGCUGAGGAAUAUGAGACCUGGAAAGCUAGGGAGAUUGCAAGGAUCAAGAGGAACAGGGAGGACUCAUUGAAGGAGAAAGAUGAACAGAUUGAAAAAUUCAGGAACGUGACAGGGGAGGAAAGGAAGGAAGCUGGAAAAUCGAAAUGGAAUUUCAUGCAGAAAUACUUCCACAAAGGUGCUUUCUUCCAGGCGGAUGCUGAUGAUCGUGCCGGAACUGCUGGUACGGACAACAUUUAUAGUCGUGAUUUCUCUGCUCCGACUGGUCAGGAUAAGAUGGACAAGACAAUACUGCCUAAGGUUAAGCAAAAUAAGAACUUUGGUCGGAGGGGAAACAGUAAAUGGACUCAUCUUGUCAAUGAGGACACCACUGAUUGGAGUAAUCCGUGGAGUUUCAGUGAUCCACUUCGGCAAAGAUAUUAUGCAAAGAUGGCUGGAAUGAAGCCUAUAGCAAAACCCAAAGGGAAGUAAGAAGAUCAAGGAUUGGGAUAUGCUUUGAGUAUAAUUAUUCCUCCUGUCUUAUAACAGAUUGAACUAUUUUUUCUGGAACGGAGAGUCAAGACAACCCGCCUUCGAAUCGAAAUGGAAUUACGGUGUGAUAUAGUUCUCUAAGGCCGCCAUGCCAUCUAGCUGCGGUUGGCUUUUUAAUUGAUUACUGUCC